AUGCCGCCUUUUUCUUCUGCAAACGUUUCUCAAAUUCUGAAUUUGUUGGACAUCCCCAGCGAGUCGAAUGUGUCCCGCACCAUGGUGGACACAUUGAAGAUGUGCGAGGGGAGAGGGGAGGUAGAAGGAGAAGUGAAGAGGUGCAGCACUUCCAUUGAGGGCAUGGUGGAAUUCGUGGUGUCUCGUUUCGGAUCUGACGUGGACUUGCUUAGUGACACAUCAGUUGUUGGAUCCGGUCAACGGGUGACUGUUACGAAAGCGAGUAAGAGGGAGAAUAUCAUCGGGGGUAAGCCGCCGGUAACGUGUCACAGCUUAAUGUUUCCAUACGGAGUGAGUUAUUGUCAUUCUAUCAACGGGAGUGAGGUAUUUGAUCUGCAGUUGGAGGUUGUGCAGGAUAAGGAAAAGGUUACAAGGAACGCUACAGCAAUCUGCCAUUAUUUGUCUGAUGGAGCAGGAGGAAAGCAGGCUGCUUGUCAUCCUGUUUUCGGGGAGAUGCUAGUAUGGACAUCUAAGUCUAAGCGUGACUAG